UGAACCACAAAAAUCGCAUGAACCGGGAGACAGAGGCUGCAGUGAGCCGAGAUCACGCCACUGCGCUCCAGCCUGGGUGACAGAGUGAGACUCCGUCUCAGAAAAGGAUAAAAAGAUGAUGAAAGGAUUGGAGGGCUUCAGAGCUGAAGGGUAUUAACUUGGAGCUUUGAUUGUUUGGCUGGACUUCAGAAUUCAGGACAAGAAGUGAGGGUCAGGGGAGAGUUGGCACAUUGAUCCGUAGAUGGGGAGCCCACCAAGAGCUCUGGAGGUAGGACGUGGAUGGAGAUGACUAGAGCUGGGUCUGAAGUGCAUUCACACAACAGGAGCUUAGGACUUGUCUGAGGGAGGUGCUCCAGGUGAAGACACCAGGCAGCUGCUGUCUAGAAAAGACAGUGGGAUCAGAAGGAAGGGUAGGCCUGAUAAGAUCUGGCACACCGCUGGGUGGGGAGUGGAUGAAGAGAGAUGCUGUGGCCAAGGGAAAAGUACCUCUGGGCUCAGAGCCCGUGUGACCCGGAAGUGCUAGGUCACGAAGAAGGAGGAGUCAUGGGCUGUGCGUUUGUGGCAUAGGGAGCCGGGAGUGCAGGUGUGGCUGGGCAGCUAACAGUGGGUUAAAUCACACUCAUCCUUUCAAAAUUCUUUUUUUGUUUGUUUGUCUUUUUAGAGACGGGGUCUCACUAUCUUACCCAGGAGGCGGGUCUCGAGCUCCUGGGCUCAAGUGAUCCUCCCACCUCAGCCUCCCAAAGUGCUGAGAUUACCGGCAUGAGCCACCACACCCAGCCCUAUCCUGUUUUGGGGGGCUUUUUAAAAAUUAUUUUCUGGGUUGGUUUAGUUUUGCUUUUGUUUAAUACACAGUAACGUCUUGCAGUGAACUUUGUGCAAAAAAUAACUAGGAUCUCAAUGUCAUUCUAUUCUAGUGCUUUUGUUCAUACAUUCCAAGAAACAUCAGCAAUAAUGCCAGCCAAGAAUUACUAUAUUGAAGUUGUCCUCUUCAAAUUCUCAAUGAAAGUAAAAGAAAGAUCUAGAUCAUGCAUCAAGCAUGUCACAAUACGUAAAGUUUUACGUGGGGCCCAAACGCGCAGAAUGCCUCACAAGAUUGGAUUUGUCGUCGUCAGCUCAUCUGGACACGAAGAUGGCUUCAGUGCCCGGGAGCUCAUGAUCCACGCACCGACCGUCAGUGGGUGGCGGUCACCUAGAUUUUGCCAAUUUCCACAAGAAAUUGUCCUUCAAAUGGUGGAGAGAUGUCGAAUAAGGAAACUACAGUUACUUGCUCACCAGUAUAUGAUUUCAAGUAAAAUUGAGUUCUACAUUAGUGAAAGCUUACCUGAAUAUUUUGCACCCUAUCAAGCAGAGCGAUUUCGAAGACUCGGCUACGUGUCUCUCUGUGAUAACGAAAAGACAGGUUGCAAGGCCCGGGAACUAAAAUCAGUUUAUGUGGAUGCAGUAGGACAAUUUCUUAAACUGAUUUUUCACCAAAACCAUGCCAACAAAUACAACAUAUAUAAUCAGGUUGCUUUGGUUGCCAUAAAUAUCAUUGGAGACCCUGCAGAUUUCAGUGAUGAAAGCAAUACUGCCUCUCGAGAGAAGUUGAUUGACCACUACCUUGGGCACAACAGCGAGGACCCUGCUCUAGAAGGAACUUACGCCAGGAGAUCUGACUAUAUUUCUCCGCUAGAUGACUUAGCUUUUGAUAUGUACCAAGAUCCAGAAGUUGCACAGAUUAUACGAAAAUUAGAUGAAAGAAAACGGGAAGCCGUUCAAAAGGAACGCUAUGAUUAUGCCAAGAAACUAAAACAAGCUAUUGCUGAUUUGCAGAAGGUUGGUGAGCGCCUUGGGAGGUAUGAGGUAGAGAAACGCUGUGCCGUGGAGAAGGAAGACUAUGAUCUCGCCAAGGAGAAGAAGCAGCAGAUGGAGCAGUAUCGCGCUGAGGUGUACGAGCAGCUGGAGCUGCACAGCCUCCUGGAUGCCGAGCUGAUGCGAAGACCUCUUGAUUUGCCCCUCUGGCCCCUCGCUCGUUCUGACAGUCCUCGCCACCAAAAGCCAGUGCCCUCACUACCACAACUGGAAGAAAGAGGAACAGAAAACCAGUUUGCAGAACCUUUCCUUCAGGAAAAGCCUUCAUCAUAUUCUCUAACUAUUUCUCCUCAGCAUUCUGCAGUAGACCAGUUACUCCCUGCCACAGAUCCUCAUCCAAAGACCAAUGCAGAGUCCCUGCCCUAUGAUGAGCGGCCUCUUCCAGCUAUUCGUAAGCAUCACGGGGAGGCAGUGGUGGAGCCGGAAAUGAGUGAUGCAGACAUCAGUGAUGCUCGGAGGGGAGGCUUGUCAGGGGAGCCAGAGCCCUUAACCGAGAAGGCCUUGAGAGAAGCCAGCUCUGCCAUCGAUGUGUUGGGAGAAACCUUGGUUGCUGGGGCCUAUUCUAAGACGUGGUCCUACCGAGAGGAUGCACUGCUUGCCUUGUAUAAGAAGUUGAUGGAAAUGCCUGUUGGAACCCCAAAAGAAGAUUUAAAGAACACACUGAGAGCAUCCAUCUUUCUCAUUAGAAGAGCCAUAAAGGACAUUGUGACCUCUGUCUUUCAGGCUUCUUUGAAAUUGUUGAAAAUGAUCAUUACACAAUAUAUUCCUAAACAUAAACUGAGUAAACUUGAAACAGCUCACUGUGUGGAGAGGACCAUUCCCAUUUUGCUCACCAGAACUGGAGAUUCUUCUGCCCGUCUCCGUGUGACAGCUGCAAAUUUUAUUCAGGAAAUGGCCUUGUUUAAAGAAGUUAAGUCUCUCCAAAUUAUUCCAUCCUACCUGGUGCAGCCAUUGAAAGCAAACUCUUCAGUUCACCUGGCAAUGAGUCAGAUGGGCCUCCUUGCCCGGCUGCUGAAAGACCUGGGCACUGGGAGCUCAGGCUUCACCAUUGACAACGUGAUGAAGUUUUCAGUGAGUUCCCUGGAGCAUAGAGUGUAUGAGGUCCGCGAGACGGCAGUUAGAAUUAUUCUGGACAUGUACAGACAGCACCAGGCUUCCAUUCUGGAGUACCUUCCUGCAGACGACAACAACACACGCAAGAACAUUCUCUACAAAACACUUUUUGAGGGAUUUGCUAAAAUAGAUGGCAGAGCUACAGAUGCGGAGAUGAGGCAGGCACGGAGAAAAGCGGCUACAGAAGAAGCAGAAAAACAAAAGAAAGAAGAAAUAAAAGCUGUACAAGGGCAGCUGGCAGCACUGAAAGAAAUUCAGGCUGAAGUUCAGGAAAAAGAAAGUGAUGCUGUGAAGCCAAAGAAUCAGGACAUUCAAGGAGGGAAAGCAGCCCCUGCCGAAGCUCUGGGAAUCCCGGAUGAGCACUAUCUAGAUAAUUUGUGUAUUUUUUGUGGGGAAAGGAGUGAAUCCUUCACAGAAGAAGGUCUUGAUCUCCACUACUGGAAGCACUGUCUCAUGCUGACAAGAUGUGACCACUGCAAACAGGUGGUGGAGAUAUCCAGCCUGACGGAGCACUUGCUGACAGAAUGUGACAAAAAAGACGGGUUUGGAAAGUGUUACCGUUGCAGCGAGGCUGUUUUCAAGGAAGAGCUGCCCAGACACAUAAAAAACAAGGAGUGCAACCCUGCCAAACCAGAGAAGCUGGCAAACCGGUGUCCUCUGUGCCAUGAGAACUUCAGCCCUGGAGAAGAGGCGUGGAAAGCUCACCUGAUGAGCCUCGCCGGCUGCACCAUGAACCUGCGCAAGACACACAUUCUGCAGAAGGCCCCGGCACUGCAGCCAGGGAAAAGCUCAGCUGUGGCUGCAUCAGGCCCUGCAGGGUCAAAGGCCGGAAGCAAGAUCCCCACCCCGAAGGGCGGGCUGAGCAAGAGCUCCAGCAGGACGCAUGCCAGGCGCUGACGCAGCACUCGGGCUCCUUUGUCUCUGUAAGGGACGGAGCAGGUCUCCUGAUUCUACACCAUUUCUCCAGAACUCUCUGGCCUUGGUGACCCCAUGCUGUGGUUGCUGUCCCCAGCUCCCAGCCAUGCACGCCUCUUACAUGUCUGUGCCGUCAGCUCUUGUGCAAACGAUAUGUAUGGAACUAACCAAAGAUCCUGUGUGCAGCGCCAGGACCUGGCCGCACUGUACGUUAAGCCUUCGUAAGGGCUGUCUCAGGCCUCCCUUAGAAUCAGAAGAGGAGGCGUCCUGUUUGGAGAGAGCCAGAGAGCACCGCCUGGGGGGCGCUAGCGCAAGACCCUGGUCAGCACAGGCACGGUCCCGCUUUCCUUAGUGCUUGGAGUGAUUUCCACAAAACAUUCACCAGAAACCUUUUGCACAUCGGUCUCUGCCACACGCAGAAUUUCUGCAGGGCUGUGGCUCGGCCAGCAGUGGUUUCAGGAGAGUGGCGGUGUGCACAGGCCUCCAGCCGUGCCUUCUCCCUGCAGGCCCCGUCCGCUAGGCCUGCUGCCCAGUGCACUCAGCCCCAGGUAGCAGAACUCACGUUCCCACUAUAGCAAGAAAUAAAGGCAAAAGAGAACAUCUUU